CAUUUACACUAACUGCACUUCAGAGUUUUAUGUUUCUCGUUCCAACGCAGAGGGAGAAAGAUAAACUCUGGACUAGUGCAGACAGUUCAGCUAUAAAGCAGCAGACUUUAAUACUGAAGCAGACCCAUUGUUUACGCGAGGAUUUCCGCUGGCUCGUCGAGAUCUUCGGGGACGCUUUACGCUGGCCGUUUUCAGUCUGUAUCUGACACAAAGUCGCUCUGUGAGCCGGUUUCCCUCGAGGUACGAUCCGCGGGCGAUACAAUUUUCGCGAAUCGGCGAGUUUUGCAGGUAUGGGUUAGCCGUCCUCGCGCCGCUCGUGGUUCCAAUACGAUUUUUGGCCGAGUCUUGAGCUAGUUCUGUACCCCGCGACGAAGACGUAGAAAUGGCGUCGCAAAACCAGAUUCCUGCCAGUCUGCCCGACACCCAGAACACGGAUGGUCUGCCGUCGCAGUCGGUGGACACGGCGAGCCAGCAGCCGAAGUUGGUCGCCUGGGGAAGGCUGUGCUCCACACGAACAUCCAUACCAAGUCUGGAUAUGAAAGAGGACAUCAGUUACACCGUGGGGCGUUCCGUCGACUGCAACCUUUGUCUAACUUUAGAUCAGAUAUGCCUGACGUGGCUGCAUACGAUCAGCAAGAUCCACUUUCGCAUAUACAGAGAGCGCAUUCAAAACACAAACGAGAUUGUGGUGUAUCUGGAAGAUUUGAGCUCCAAUGGGACUUUUGUCAAUAAGGCCCGGGUUGGUCGUGGAAACCGUGUCAUCAUCGAACAUUUGUCCGAGAUAGCCUUAUCCAGGGAUAAUCUCACAGUUUUUUUAUUCUUGAAUAUAAAUGCGCCCGAGAUCGCUUGCCAGUUGCAACCAGAGCUGAAGCAGAAUUACGCGAUCGGCCGUAAACUGGGAGCUGGCGCUUGCGGCGAAGUGAGGCUGCUGUUUACCAAGGACGGCUCCAAAAGGUUUGCUUUAAAAAUUAUACAAAAAAAUUGCUUUGACUCCACGGAUGGAAACAUCCUCAAUAAUCCGGCGAACGUCAAGAACGAGGUUGACAUAUUGAAGAAGCUGAAGCAUCCCUGUAUAAUUCACUUGGAGGAUAUCCACGAUACGCCCAAAGCCAUGUACAUCAUUCUCGAGCUAAUGGAAGGUGGCGAGCUCUUCGAAAAAAUUAAAAAACAGGGUAGACUGUCCGAGUCUUGCGCGAAACUGAUAUUUUAUCAAGUUGUACUCGCUGUCCACUACCUCCACAAAAUGGGAAUUACGCAUAGAGACUUGAAGCCAGAGAAUAUUCUGCUGAAGGACCACUCGGAUAAUCCUUUGGUCAAGGUAUCGGACUUCGGCAUGUCAAAGUUCGUGAACACCCAAACUAUGAUGAGGACGUUCUGCGGGACUCCUAUGUACGUUGCCCCCGAGAUUCUAGCGACCCGUGGACGCAGCUCCUAUACAAGUCAAGUUGACGUAUGGAGUUUAGGAGUGAUUUUGUACGUCUGCUUAAGUGGCGUGGUUCCUUUUAAACUUGAUACUUUAGAGGAGCAAAUCAGAGGUGGAAUAUACAUGUUUUACCCAGAGAAAUUUCAAGAUGUGUCGCUAAAUGCUAAACAUCUGAUUAGACGUAUGAUGACGGUGGAUCCGAAGGCACGUAUAACGGUGCCGCAGAUCUUGUUACAUCCGUGGCUACGAGACACGAUGAUGCGAAUGAAAGUGAACAGAUUGAUAUCGAAUUUUGACAUGGGGAACGACGAGAAUAUAGCACCUGCGAAUGUCAAUUACAAACGUCCGCGGCUUCAGCUCUGAAGAGAAACGCGCAGGACAGAGACGAAUCUAGAAGUAAGAUAGAAGAAUAGUGUCCUCUUGAUGAGGUCUGACAUCUUGUUGAUUGCAUUGUGAUACGUGGAUUAUGUUACCUACUUGUUACAUUAAAAAACAGUCUUUCAAUAGAUUUCAUACAGAUCGAAAUAUCGGAAAUCUCAUUAAGUUUGUAAAAUCAGUUGCACAUAAGUGACCUAAUAGUACAACUAUGGUACAACAUAAUGUUUAUAACAACAUUAAUUUUGUUUGAUUAUAAAUACAAUUAAAUAUCCUUUAUGAUUAAUUCGAGCAUUAAAAAAAUCAUAAAAUAGUAAGAUAUAUAAAGUAAGUGACAAAGUACAUAUGAAGUACAUUAGUUGCGCGAAAUACUCGUAUUAUUUAACAUGUCUCAAUUUGACGAGUACGACAUACAAGUAUUGUGAUUUCACCUACGAUGUACAAUACAUAGAAUAAGAAACGCGCACUGCAAAGUUCGUCGUUUAAGUGCCAAUGUGAUUUUUCAUUAGGAAAUUUAAGAUAUUUCAAGAACAAUAGCAGUAUUAAUAAAGAGAGUUUAAGACUGUUUUACAUUUAAUGCCAGAUAUAGAAGUUUAAUUUAUUAUGCAUUUAAUUGUGCUUAUGAGUUUAUGACCUGUUAUACCCAGUAUAACAAAAUCACCUAAUAUUCAAUUAUGCAAAAUUCUUUAUUCCGAGUGAUGGACACUAUACAAUAAAGAUGAACGUUUCGCGAA